AUGCAGGAGAAGCCUACUACAGUGGCCGCAUAUGCAGCUGGGGCUUCCCUCGCCGCUAUUGCGCUCUUCUACGUCUUCGGUCCGAACUACACAAUCGAUGGAGACGAUUCCAAUGACAGCAAUCGCAAGAAAAGCAUCGUGGGCCUCUCGAACCUCGCCAAUGACUGCUUCAUAAAUUCGGUACUACAGGCUCUUGCUGGUCUGGGAGACCUCCGAGUUUACUUGAUCCGGGAGCUACAUCGCCGCGCGCUGGACGGGCCAGAAAUAUAUGGUGCCAUAUCCAGGCCAGAUGAAUUACCGCAGGAGGAGCGGUCGGACAAGCUGCGGGAACUACAACAGGGUGUGAUUACACGGGCAUUGAAGGAGAUGCUGGAUCGAUUGAACGAGCGACCCAUCUACAAAAAGACCAUCUCAGCCCGCGGGUUCAUUCAAGCUCUGGAACUCGCAUUCCGGACACGCAUCAGCCGGAAUCAACAGGAUGCGCAGGAAUUCCUACAGAUUGUUCUAGAGCGACUCUGUGAUGAGCACCAUGCUGGUGUCCGCGCUCGAAAUCGGGCCCUGGGAACCAUCGGUAUGCCUAUUGGUUCAGAGACAGCGGCAGUGCCCGAGUCCAGCACUCUGGAAUCUUCGGCCGAGGUGGAGGUGCGGAUUGACGAUGGAUCACCCCAUGGAUUACCCGCACUAAUCGAAACUAAGCUGAAAGAGAUUGACGGUGAAUCUGGGUUCCCAUUUGAGGGCAAAAUGGAAUCGCAGAUUGAGUGCCAAUUCUGCCACUACCAUUACAAGCCCAACCAGACGGCAUUCGUCAAUCUCACACUGCAAGUGCCGCAGAAGAGCUCAACAACACUCAACGCUUGUUUUGACGGUCUUCUCAAGACUGAGUACAUUGAAGACUUCCGCUGUGAUCAUUGUCGCCUGCAGCAUGCCGUGGAGUACAAAACAGCGGAGAGGGCUCGCCUGCGCUCACCAGUCGAACAGGAGCGCCUAGACCGGGAGAUUGUGCUAAUCCGAGAAGCAUUGGAAAAGGACCCCGAGGUCGAACUGGAGGGCAUUGAAUUGCCACCAUCCGACCUCGCACCGAAGCGACGAAUUGCUCGACACAUGCGUAUCACGAAAUGCCCCAAGGUGAUUGCAAUCCACUUGUCCCGGUCAAUUUAUGACCACAGCAGCUCGACCAAGAAUGUUGCCAAAGUCUCCUUCCCCGAGCGAUUACCCUUAGGAGGUAUCCUGACCCAGAAAAUGUACAAGCUACUUGCCAUUGUUUGCCACAAGGGCAGCCACCAGAGCGGCCACUACGAGUCCUUCCGGCGCAAUUACCUCUAUGCGCCUUUCUCAACGCCAGAAACCUUCAGCUCAUUUGCCCAGAGUCGCGUCGCAAGCGAGAACCCGUCAGCGGCACAAAGUCCACGACUGGCCCCAAAAAGCAGUCCUGAUUCUGGUAAAAGCAUUUCCUCCGCAACCUCGUCGACCUCGCUCUCUGGCGCAUCGCCGUCACAGCACUCCCAACUCAGUCCUUCAUUGCCUCGUCCCACAUCCCCAGUUUCGCGCCGUUCAUUCCAGAGCAACAUCUCCCGAACAACCUCAAAACAUACUAGUUCGGAGGAUACCAAUAGCUCAUCCACCAAACAGGGUCGAUUUAGCUUCUCUUCUGCCACACGAUCCUCUCGAACAGUCCAUCGCUCGUCUACGGAAACCACCGCCACGGGAAUCAGUUCACGGAUGCGACGGCGUCGAAAGUCGGACGAUCGCUGGUGGCGUAUUUCCGACGAGAAGAUCAAAGAAUGCAAAACUUCAGAUGUAUUGGGGAUGCAGAAAGAUGUAUAUCUUUUGUUUUAUGAGAUGGAAAAACCCAGUUCACGCAGGGGUACGGAGGGCUGA